GCGGCGGAGGAGGAGGAGGGGGGGGGGGGGCGCGGGGGAGGCGUUCCGUUUAUCUGCAUCCCCUUGUCGUGAAAAGGGAAAAAAGAGCAAAUGAGUUCUGAACAUAUGCCGUGGCCGCCAAGCGGCGCAGAGAGCGAUGGCGGGACAACAUAUUGUGGAUGGCUUAGGGGUUCCCUUGGUACGAGUGAGUGCUGCUUUGCUGGGAGAGAUAACGGGGAAUGGUGAAAGGCCAGAUGAUCAGCGAGUGUGGAAAAUGUCGGGAACAGGCAUGGGCUGCUUUUGCUGCCUUAGACCCUUCAGCACCAAGGUUCCAAAUACUUCACCCCGUGUCCCGGUGCCAAUCCCUGCUCCCGCUCCUACUCCGGCGACAGGACACACAAGGCUUCCGCCAGCGCCUCGUCGGUCGUCUCUUCGUAAAUCAACGGAAAAUGCUCUGGACCGGCAAACUUCCCGGAAAAGACCCUCGGUUGCCUUCAAGGAAACUGUUCAGCCCAUAAUCAUCAAUGAACCGCCCACCAUGGAAGAUGCAUUCCCUGGUCAAUCACCAUUGCCCGGGACUUCUUGUGGGCCUUGUGACAAGGAUGAUGGGAUCGGUGAUCUGAUUGUCAUUGAGCCCAUCCCAUCAGGCAAGCGGAAGCUUUCUGAGUCCCCUAGUCGGGAGCUUCCCAUUGUGGAGAAAGCGCGGUCGAGGGCGCAGUCCACAAAUGUAUCAAGGCGUGCAUCCCUGAAUGACAGGAGCCAUCCUGGCACAGUGGGAUAUCCAAACUCAAUAACCCAGUUGCGGGAAAGCUUGGAGGCAAGCCUCCGCAAACUCAAUCCCAAUCUCACUGCUGACGAGGGAGCCGCAGACAAGCCGGCUGGUGACCCAGACGAAUGGCCCUGUACAGGCCGAAACUCGACAGCAGCCCAGGGCGCGGCUCUUAACAACCCAGCCAGGCAGCAAGCAGCGACUGAAGUGUCCAUGGCACAACUGGUGCAAUCAUCAUCUGCAUCCAACCGGUCUCAGCCUGGUGGACAGCAAGGAGAAGAACGGCCCUACACGGGACGAAACUCGACAUCAGCGGCUGCGGAUGCAUCAGCAAACCCAGCCAUGCAGCAGUCAACACGGACUGGGGAGUCGACGGCACAGCCAGUGCAAUCAGGUCUGCACACGGGCCAGGACGACAGUCAUGCACAAUUAACUAAGGAAACAUGGAAGGACUCGGGAAGGUCAAAAGACAGGGGAUGACACAGUGACAGAGAGAGUGAGGAGCAGCAGAGAGACAUGAUAUACUGACCGACAAAUCAGUUGAGGCAUAUUCCCUGUUUGCCACAGGCUGAGUAAGGAUUGCACAAUGUGUGAGAGAGAACAGAAUGGAGGGCUUCUGAAGAUAAAAUGAGACGCCACGCUCAAGUUGGCGUAGGAAUAUGCAGUGUGCGGAGGUCGUAUGGUGACAUGACAUCACAUAUUAUGUACUAUGUCCUCAAUUGAGCAGGCUGCCUGAUUGCCGGCUGCUGCCUUCAUCAAUCAACCUAAGGACCCCAAAAGCCCUUACGGCACCUCCUCCGUUGUGGAAUGCUCUUUGGAACAGUUGGUUACUCCUGUGCCGUGGCAAUGGGGUCAGCCUAAGGAAACGAGGCAGGAUCUUGCAUGUUGAGGGAGUGCCACUUGGCACUCGCCGAAUGGAUGCGGCCAAAAUUCCAGUUUUUGUUCUUGAUUAUGAUGCUUCAGCCUCAUGGUGGAGUGCUUGGUGCUUGACCAUGGAAGCUUAAACCUCGGUGAAAAUGUCGGUGCAAUGUGCAUGCAGGCAAUCAUCGACUGACAGGGUGAUGUUGUUGCUGGCACUCGCUGAGUGGGGGGAACCUCUUGUGACUGCAAGGGCGGGGGUUGGGAGGAAUGAGAGGGUCAGUCACUGCUGGUUGUUCAUUUGCUCUGGUAUCACUGACCUAGCAGCCUGGUUUGUUUCCAGUCUUCCAGAAGCUGCUACAGUGGGUUGGCGUCAACUUGCCGAUGCUCAAACAGGUUGGCAGGCAAGCCAGGUUUCCGUUUCCUCAAAGUCAAAACAUGACCACUAACUUAAAGGCGGCAUACUUUUGUGUGUGUUGCUACCUGUGGUGCAAUGACUCGUGACAACGGCAUGGCAUGAGAUGUAUGAGCACAAAUGGGUCUGGCUUGGUUCUCCCCACUUGAACUAAAGAAAGUGAAGUGGGUACUACUACCGGUAGCGUCUUGCUCAUUCUUUACUGAAUCUUUACGGACAAACAAGGACUGACCUAGCCUGAAGGAAAACCCCGGACGAGGUCAAGAUCACCUCAGGCUGCCCCUUUCACUAAGUCUGUUUUCUGACUGGCAAUGCCCUGCAGCAAAUUUGCCGCACAUCAUCCCGAGUAGAUUUCUUCAAGGGCAGAUGCGGUAUCAUUGCAAAGUCAAACUGGCUCAACCGGAUCACCACCACUGCAGGCUUCAUAUUCUACGGUGUCUGACGCGGCCCACAUAGUUCUGACCUUCUCCGGUACCCCGCUGUUUACUACCAUGGCAGACCUGGGUUAGUCAAACUGGGUUAGUCAAACUGGGGGGUUAGUCAAACUGGGUUAGACAAACUGGCUUAGUCAAACUGGGUUAGUCAAACUGGGGGGUUAGUCAAACUGGGUUAGUCUCCCACCUAUUUUGUAGUUGCAUUUGUAGUUGCAUUGGAGGGUUGUUUGGAAGUUGUCAGCUAUUCUUAGGGUGUAGUCCUCCAGAGUCCAGGCUCCAGUCUUGCCUCUGAUGGAAUGAUCAUGGAAGCAAGAAAUACCUUAAGUCUGAUGCCUUCUCACAUCUAUUUCGUGCUGUUGUGCUGAAUUCGCACAGCAUGCCAUUGUAUCGGUGACAUCAUGCGAAAACUACCUGCUGUCACAAGAAUCGAGGAAGUACAUUCCCGGAAUGCCUUGAAAUCACAAAACCAUGGAGUCAUCUGCUGGUGUAACUCCUUUCUUCUACGUGCUGUGUGUGCAGUUCUUAGAGAUCAGCCCUACUAGAGACGCUGAAUCAAAUAUGGUACAUAAG